CGAAAGUUGGCGGCCAUGGAAGAAGAAGGCGUGGUGGUGAACCAAGGGAAGGAGCAUCAGCAGCUGAUAGAUUUGCCCCCGGGCUUCAGGUUCCACCCCACGGACGAGGAGAUCAUAACUCACUACCUCACGCAGAAGGUCCUGGACAGCUCCUUCUCCGCCAGUGCAAUCUCCGAAGUAGAUCUCAACAAGUGCGAGCCCUGGGACAUGCCGAAGAAAGCCAAGAUGGGUGAGAAAGAGUGGUACUUCUUCUGCCAGAGGGACAGGAAGUACCCGACAGGGACGAGGACCAAUAGAGCCACGGAGUCUGGGUAUUGGAAGGCCACAGGCAAAGAUAAAGAGAUUUGCAGAGGGAGAGGCAGGCUUGUGGGGAUGAAGAAGACCCUUGUUUUCUACAGGGGUCGAGCUCCCAAAGGAGAGAAGACCAACUGGGUCAUGCAUGAGUACAGAUUGGAGGGCAAAUUGGCUUACUACAAUCUCUCCAGGGCUACCAAGGAUGAAUGGGUGGUGAGCAGGGUUUUCCACAAGAGCACGGGCAUCAAGAAAGCUCCAUCUCCAGGCCUGGUCACAAGAAUCAAUUCUUAUGUUGAUGACCUGUUGGAUAUGUCUUCGCCCCCGCCGCCUCUCAUGGACGCUCCUUCUUCAAGCAGACCGAGCUCCAGCUUCACCGAUGGGGAAAACGAACUCAAGGGCGUGAUCAAUUCAGUCCCAAGGGCGCCGGACGGAAACACCGGUUACUUUUACUUCCCGGCAAAUUCAACCGACGACCAGCAUCAAGUACUACUCCAGCAACAACAAGAUCGUAUGAAUUAUUGCCAUAUGAUGAACCCAAGCGUCGAUGCAAGUCACUGCCCUUCUCAGUUGUCAAAUUAUCCUCCUCUCUUCCCCUCCCACGGGUCUACGCAUCAUGAGGAGUACUUGCACCAAGGACAAAACGACCUGGUAUUGAGCUUUGGCGGCACCGGUUUUAGCCGCGGGAGCGCUGAUCAUGCUCUUCUAAGAGCAAUAAAAGCAAACUUGGAGACAUCGAACCUCCCGCAUCACAAGCAGUGCAAAGCGGAGCAGUUUUCAUCCAAUCAUUCUAUGGUUAGUCUAUCUCAGGACACCGGGCUCAGCACGGAUGUUAAUAACGAGAUAUCGUCCAUAGCGAUCUCCAAGCAAGAGGUGGGAAGCGGCAAUGCAUUUGGAGACCUCGAGGGUUUAUCAUCAGUAGGCCCGAUUCAAGAUUUUGAUUUUUGGGACUACUGAUCAAGAUUACAAAGCAUAGACAGCAUCGUAUAGAGAUGAUUAUUCUAGACCUAUGAUACCAGUAGGUAUAUUUAGUUUUUUUUUUCUUUCAGGUUCUUGGAUCCUUAUAUUCCUGUACAUAAAACGUUCCCAAUGUCCAAGACCUUUUAUAUUCUUCUUUUAUCGAUGGAUCACUGGGAGCGUGUUGCAUGAUCAUAAUUUAUAUACCUUUUGUGUAACUUAUGAUUUCUC